UUGCGCAAAGACGCGCCACUACUGCUGCAACCUACCGACCAGAGAGCACCUUCCCUCCAGCCAACACUUCGACCAACUGCAACAAUGAGUGACAAGCCUGAUAUUUCAGAGGUGACCAGCUUUGACAAGUCUAAGCUGAAGAAGACGGAGACGCAGGAGAAGAAUCCCCUGCCUACAAAAGAGACCAUCGAACAGGAGAAGGCAUCAUCGUGAAGCCCCUCCCUACCGUCAUGCACUGUACACCCCCACCUCCUCCUUCUCCUGCAUUGCCUUGUUUUCAGUCACUUCUUUAUAGCUGUAUAACGUUGUAACCGAAAUUAUGAAACGACGACCAUAACCAAGCUGCACAGCCCAUGGACGGAUGAUGCCUUCGUCGGGGGGCAGUCGGCCCCACCCCCUCAGAAAAUGCCACCUUCAUUCUCGUCUGUUGAGAUCCUUGGUCUGAGUUGGGGGCAGAAGACGGUUCUGAACGUGCACGUCUAUUCAACACCACUCCGACAUGCAGCCUGAGGGACGGGGCGUGGCCUGCGUCCCAGGAAGCUCAUCACCGUCUCACCAAAACCACCGUCUUCACCACUCGACUUAAUGUGUGGCUGCUUUCGCGCCAAAGCUGAGGCGUCAAGCUUUGUUCUGUUUUUUCUCGUCUUAUUUUCGGAAUGCACAACCUUGUUUGUACGCUGGCCAAAAUGUAAAUGCCCAAAAAAAUUGAUACUGUUCUAUGUCACUUUUUUUUUUUUUUUUUCUCGUAUGUUCACAAGGAUUAAAUGUAAUGGAUUCCAUCCUGAUCUGGGAGAUGCUCAAAUGGACCUUUUUUUAUUAAUGGUUUAAAAUUGUACUUUGGCUCUUUUCGUCGGAGUGAUUCGGGGUAGCUUUUGUGUCGCAAUCUCUGAAACGUCUUGAAUGAGGAAAAAAUUGUUCCAGUAAUUGGUUCUGUGUGUUUUUCUUUGAACCGUUGAUCAAAAUUCUCUGGAGUUUGUAAAUUCCCAGCAGUCAUGAUGUUCUGCCACAAACCAUUACCAGAAAUGGAAAACCGUGAAAUGUUGUAAUAAAAGAAUUUGUUACUAACGAA